GAGUAAACAAUCUUCAGUUUCUUUUCAAAUGCGUUGUUAAUAUCCAGUUUGCCUGUAGCAGUUUGCCUGGUGGUGAUGAUUAGAAUAAUCAGAUACGAUUUGACGAGAUGAGUGAAACGUUAUGUCGGUGAAUUGGUGAACUUGCUAAUCUUCUAGAUAUUAGGCUAUAAACAUUGACAGAAGGCACGGGACAUCCUCGAGAGAAGCUGCAUAGCAGAGGCAUAUUCAGUCGGGAUACCGGUGUGUGCGUACAGUCUGGAGGUCACUCGUUCUGCUGCCUGCCUAGCUCUCUCGUGCAACCAAGUGGGCUACUUUACCCAUUUGCCGUUUAUUCCCUUGAUUGUGAAACAUAUUAAACGCUCAGAGAGAGAGAAACAACGACGACUCGCAUCGCACUUUUUGAUCAAGUGGCUCAUCUCUACGUCGUCGUUUUCAACUCUUCCCCACAGUUCUCUGAGGCGGCAGGUGUCCGGAUGCGUCGUCCUAACAACAGUGAAGAGAUGCGUGAGCUGUCCCGUCUUUCAUCAAAACUGGAUAUGGCAUUUAUUUACAAAAUCACCGGCGGCAUUGAUCGGUUAGAAUCCUAUUGAGAGGAGGGGGUCGGAGACUGUGCUACGCUAUUGGAACCCCCUCCCCUCUCCCCCUCCCCUCGCGCACGCACGCACACGCGGACACACACAAACAAGACGCUCUGCAGAGUGGCCCCUUCAGAGCCAAACUCACCAGUGUGCUGGGAUAGAGUGAUCCAGGGUAUGUCCACCUCUCUGUGGGAGAGCUAUUCCGUGCUGAGUUAAGUGGACCGGAGGACCCAAGGGGAACAGAUCGACAUGGGGCUCGGACAGUCCAGCAAGGCUCCCGUCGGCGACGACACCGCAGAGGUCAACUUUGACCACUUCCAGAUUCUACGUGCUAUAGGGAAAGGAAGCUUUGGAAAGGUGUGCAUCGUGCAGAAGAAGGACACCAAGAAGAUGUACGCCAUGAAGUACAUGAACAAGCUCAAGUGUGUGGAGAGGAACGAGGUGAGGAACGUCUUCAAGGAGCUCCAGAUCAUGAAGAACCUGGAGCACCCUUUCCUCGUCAACUUCUGGUAA